AUGGGGGACGAGUGUGGUGAUCACUUUGUGCUGGUGCAUGGGCCAAGCCACGGCGCCUGGUGCUGGUUCAAGCUGCGGUGGCUCCUCGAAAGCUCCGGCUGAAAGGUGUCGUGCAUCGACCUCGCGGGGGCCGGCAUAGACCUCACCGACCCCGACACCAUCCGAUCCUUCGAUGACUACAACCGCCCGCUGCUCGAGCUCCUCUCGGCCCUGCCGGACGACGAAAAAGAAAUUCCCGAUAUAUGGGAAUUAGGCGACAUUUACGUGCUUAAUUAUAGUUCAAGAGUUGAUCAUCCACCAACGAGCACGAUAAUGCGAAAAGAAUUCCAGCGCAAAUUAAUGUACCAAUUUACCCCAGGAGAGGACUCAACACUAGCCUCGAUGCUACUCCGCCCGGUUCCGACCGUGCUUGGCGACGCAAGGUUCAGAGAAGGAGAAAAAGAAGAGGAGAGAUGGAAGCAGGUGAAGCCAGUUUUCAUAAAGACGGUGCAUGAUCACACGUUAAAACCACAGCAGCAAGACGCGAUGAUACGCCGGUGGCCGCCCGCCGAGGAUUUCACGGUGGACACCGAUCAUAGCCCGUUCUUCGCGGCCCCUAACGAACUAUUCGAACUGAUGGUUAAAGCAUCGCUUAUAUAGUAAUCGUAAUCUAUGAAGGGAGAUGCCACAAAAUAGAUCACGAACUUAUUGAAUCUAGUUCGCUAUUCACAUAAUGAAUUUGGCUAGAUUCAAUAUAUUUGAUCUACAGGUAUUGAAAUCGAGUAUAUAAGCUUAGUACUUUUUCUAUGGAUUGCUGUUUAUGUAACAUAAAAUUUGC